UUUCACUUUCUGCACAAUCACAGUGACCUAAUUCUCAUUUCACCAUCCCUAAAUCACAUACCCUAGAGCUUCAAUUCAACUCAACAAUGGUGGUGACUCUAACCCUCGGAAGUUCACAAAACCCUAACAUCUCCGAAGAAAAACCGCUCCCAGAAAAUGGCAAGGCUAAUUGGGAUUACGAGCUCUGCAGAGAACAGCGAAUCAAAGAGAAUCGCGAGAGAAUGCAAAAGCUUGGUAUUCUUAAUCUCUCCGUCGAACUCAAUUCCCUUAAGCCCACUCCCAGCAGAUCCUCUCACCGGAAAACUCCUCCCUGCCGCCACUCUCCUCUGCCCACUCCCGGCCCUGUCCGCCGCUCCUCCAGGCUACAAAACUCGACACCGGUUACUUACUGCGAACUGAACGUGCCAAACAAUGAAAAAUCUUGGAAUGAUGUGAGGGAGGUGGGGUCCAAACCCGAAGUUUACACCGAUGAACAUGAAAAAUUGCUGGGCAACACUGAAUUGGAAUGGACUCUUUUCGUUGAUGGAUACGGAAAAGAUGGGAAGCGUAUUUACGAUCCUGUUAAGGGGAAGACUUGCCAUCAAUGCAGGCAAAAGACACUUGGCCAUCGUACGCAUUGCAUCAAAUGCAACUUGGUUCAAGGGCAGUUCUGCGGAGAUUGCUUGUAUAUGAGAUAUGGGGAGAAUGUGCUCGAAGCAAAUCAGAAUCCAAACUGGAUUUGCCCUGCUUGUCGUGGAAUUUGCAACUGCAGUUUGUGCAGACAAGCAAAAGGGUGGCCUCCUACAGGAACCCUUUACAGAAAGAUUUCGAGUCUUGGCUACAAGUCGGUUGCACAUUAUCUCAUCCAAACGCGUCGCUCGAAUACGGAUUCCGACGAAAAUGUUGGUAAUAAGGUGCCGAUUUCUGCGAAGAGAUCACUGCCGUUUUCAGACAUUGAUGAACACUCAGAGAAUGCUCCUCUGUCUGAAUUGAAUCAAGAAUUCGGCGAUGGUAAAAUUGCUGCAGAAACUACUAUGGAGCCACUGAAUCACGAUAAAGAUUCAAUACCCGAAACGGUUGAAAGAGGCGAUGAAAGUGAAAUCAAGAAAGAGGAGAACUUUAUUCCGGAAAACGGGGAUUUUAUUGCACCAGAGGCGGCAACUCCAAAAUCCAUGAAGAAGAAGCGUGUGCUGUCUGAACCAACAACUGAUAGUGAUAGUAUAGCCAGAAGGUUGACACAGAGGCGCAAUAAGACCGACAAUUGUGAGGAGACAAGGAAUGAAGAAGAUGUAUCGAAAAUAGCUGAUGUGGACAGCAUUGCUAGUCGAUUGCGAACGAGACGGAGGGUAUUAUAGACCAGGUACAUUCCUACUUCUUUUGAAAUGAGAGAUAUGAUCAAACUCUAAUGCUGCAAAAAAAUUGUCGAAUAUUAAUCUAAUUCGAGAACGACUGGUUUGCCUUAUUGAAAUAUAUUUAU